AUAUUUUUAUCAGGAAGCGCGCUUCUUAUUUAUUUAAUAACCAUUAAAUGAACGAUACAAAUAGUGUAUUGUACCUAUGUAUGAAGAGAAAUCAAAUUAAUUCAUAUACUUGUGUAUAUAGAUUUAAUGGAUUAAACCUAAGUUGAAGAUGUUCUUUUAGUGCAAUAUCAUAACAAUAAACGAUAAAGACGAAAGCAAUUUCGAAUGCAAUGUACAAAACUAUUUGAUAAGACUAAAGUUGGCACACCUAAAUGAAUCUACCUAGUUUAGUUCACACAGUUUAACUUAUUUCUUUCCAAUAUGUUGGUGCCACAACACAUGUGCAUCGAUUCUAAAGAUCUAACCUAUUUGUGGUCUAUCAAAAAUUUAUGUGAACAUUAUUAAAUGAAAAAUUAACUGCGCAUAAUUACUCUUUGUUUGUGAAUGUAAAAUUAAAGUACAAAUAUGGAGGGAUUUAGUAAAAACAAUGACAAAGGUUUCAGUAUUAUGGUGAAAAUGGGUUACAAACCUGGUGCUGGGCUAGGAAAAGAUGAGGCAGGAAUGUUGCAGCCCAUAAAUGCCUCUGUAAAAAAUGAUAAGAGAGGCUUUGGUCAUGAUUCAUUCAAAGAAAACCAAAGUCAUGAAGUUUGGGAUGGCAAAGAUAAAAUUAAUAUUGAAGAGGAAUUAAUUUGGAUUCAUUCAAAUGAUUCAAAUGCUACACAUCAAUUUUCCAAUUUAACUUUAGAUGAUUUUCUUAAUUUUAUUGUUAAGAAAGAACCUUUGACCACUUUAGAGAAUGAAAUUCAUUUUUGUGAUCCAGCAACUUUAAGAAGUGUUCUUAAAACAAAAGAAGAUGUAUUUUUAACUUUAGAUGCAGUAGAUCUAUCAAAAGCUAGGCAGAGAGCAAAUCAGUUUGAGACAAUCAAGUCAGCAUUUUUUAUGAACAGGGCAGCUUUAAAGAUGGCUAAUAUUGAUGCAGCCACUGGUUUUAUGUUCACCAACAUUGAUAAAGAUAUUAAUCAUAAAAAGAAAGUUGGUCCAUAUUAUUUUGCAGAUGUUUGUGCAGGCCCUGGAGGGUUUUCAGAGUAUAUUUUGUGGAGGAAAAAAUGGAGUUUUAAAGGAUUUGGCCUUACAUUGAAGGGAGUGCAUGAUUUCAAAGUAUGCAACUCAACAUGUGCAAGUGAUGUAACUUUUAGAGGAUAUUAUGGUUCCGCAAAUGAUGGGAAUGCAUGCAAUCCUUGUAAUAUUAGUGAUUUUACUAAUAAAAUUUUGCAUGAGACUGAUAAAAUUGGGGUGCAUUUUAUGAUGUCUGAUGGGGGGUUUUCUGUUGAAGGUAACGAAGGCAUACAGGAAAUUCUGUCCAAACAGAUCUACAUUUGUCAAUGUUUGAUUGCGUUGGAGAUUGUUAGAAAACACGGUCAUUUUGUAACGAAAUUGUUUGAUAUUUUUACUACUUUUAGUGUGGGGUUAAUGUUUUUGAUGUAUCAAUGUUUUGAAAAAGUUGCAGUAUUAAAACCGAAUUCAUCGCGUCCAGCAAACUCAGAACGAUAUUUCAUAUGUAGUAAUUUGAAAGAUUCACCGAUCGUUAUGGAGGUUCGAAAUUAUCUACGUAAAAUUGUAAAUGAUCUGUGGAAUAUGCGCAAAGUUAGGAAAGAGACCGACGUGGAUAUCGUCGAGAUUAUACCAUUGGAAUUAAUUAAGGGUGAUAGUACUUUUUAUAAUUAUAUACGAUCGCAAAACACUAAAAUAGCAGAGGUGCAAACAGAAAGUUUACGUAAAUUGGCAUUGUUCUGCAAAAAUCCAAAUCUCAUUGAUGAGAAGCAAGUGCAAUUACGCUCUAAAUGCUUAGAAUAUUGGCAUAUUCCUAACUUACCUAGAGCACCAGCUAAAAAGUUUACUACUGAUGAUCUUUUAAAUAUUGCUAUUCAAAAACCAGAGUAUUUAUAUGUUCAAUCAAGGAUAAUUAAAAAUUUAAAGGAGUUGCAGGAACAAGUUGUUGAUGUGCACGACUGGAUUUACGUACCAUUGGCAUCUUCAAUGAUGAGCAACAAUUGUCACAUUUUUGCAGGCGUUGGUGCAAUGUCUGCGUAUAAACUACAAAAUCGGAAGUGGGUAAAUGUUAAGGGAUUGAAAUUAGUGAAAGGAACUUUGCUGUUUGGUGAAAUUGUGACUGAAAUAUCAUCUCAGGCAGAAACAACAGAAAAACUUGAAGUGAAAACAUUGCAUGUAAUCGACGCACUGCGAUUGGGAGACAUCAGUCUGGCGGAUUUAGAUUUUCAAGAACGAAGUGUGCUGAUUCAGACAUACUGUAAAUCUAUUAAUUUUGAAACGGCCGGCGAUCAGUUCCGCAUCAGGCCGAAGCUAAGCGAUAAAUUGAUUAACAUUCAUGCAAAUAGCCUUAUCCAUUAUGCAUUCAUUGCGAAUGCUUUGUAUACGCAUUUACCGACGCUUGGAUAUGGCGCAUUUCGUGAACACUUUAUUGUCAAUUCGAUAUUGUUGCUAAAAACAGGCGAAAAUCACUUCUUUAAUACCACAUAUGUGCUAAGAACUCAGGUGUUCUUGGAAAAAUCAAAUGAUGAAGAAAAAACUGAGGACUCUCUACAAUAUGAUGCGGUACUCCAAAUGGGCGACGAUGUACAGAAAAUCAGCGUCAUUCAUGACCUGCCACAACUAAUCAUGCUCGACUCAUCGGCCGUUUAUAAUCGAAUAAUUCCAAAGAUAAGACACAAUCUCCCCACUGCAUCAUGUGAAUUCCAAAUAGCAACAAGUGCCGUUUUCAUGUUACUCCUUCAGAGAUCAGCCAACACUGCCAUUUUGCAGUCUAUUAUUCAAGGAUUAGAUGCAAAGGAUCCAAAUGUCGCUUUUGCUUGGUCAGAGGCAUUAUAUGGCUCAAUGUCAAGCCUUCCAGAACUCAUGAUUCAGAAUUUUCUGCUACCUUUGGCGCGCCAGAAAUUUCAACCUAACUCAACUGUGAUUUCAAAAGUUUUCUGCAGCAGACUUAUAGGGGAGAUAUGUUCCAACACCAAAUUUCGAGUACUUGAUGUAAAAAGAGAUAUUUUACCAAUUGCAAUAGGACUUUGCCAGGAUGGUCAUCCAGAGGUGAGGUCUCAAAUGUGCAUGUUUUUACCCAAAGUUGCAGCAGUACUUGGCCAUGAUUGGGAGAAAACUAAUUUGUUAUCCUGUAUUGUGGAUCUAGCGCAAGACGAAAAUUUAAACGUACGCUCUACAUCAAUCAUUGCGAUCACAUCCAUGCUCAAAAUAUUAAGCCAAGAAACCAGCAGGACUACACUGUUACCACUAAUUAAAAAAUUGUGUACUAAGGCAUGCGAAGAAUCAUUAGUCACUGCAUUGAUUCUCUCUGAUGAAUUUGGCGCAUUAAUGCAUGAAAUGCCUCCCAUCAAUGAUCAAGACGUCUUAUUUUUUGUACGCAUAUACAAGCAAUUGUCCCUAAAAGGCAAACAAAUAUCAGCAACAAAAGCGAAUGCAUCUAUUGAAGUAUCAAUUCGCCAAAAAUGUGCAACUAACAUUUAUGGGAUCUUGAAACUUGUAUUGCAAUCGUUACCAGCGCAGGUACCAGAGGUAUAUGGUUCUUUUCGUGAUCACGCGAUAGAUCCUUGUUAUUUGGUACGAAGAGCGGCCGCUGGAGUCCUAGCUGACAUUGCGAACUUGUUAGGAAAUGAAAAUAUGAUGAUGAGGAACGAAAUUGUCCGCUUGUUACGCGAUGAUGCCGUUGAAGUUUUGGAUGCGGUUGUACCUACAAUAUCAUCACUUUUUACAAGUCUAGUUGGUUCAGGCGCGAUAUCAUACGCGCAGUCAACGCAAAUUUCAACGGAUUUAUGCAAAGCUUUAAUAAAAUGCCAAAACGAACUUGCAAAGCGAUACAAUUGGCGUUUGAGCGUUGAAUAUUUGAAACAGUUGGAGAUUUUACCCACUUGUGUUCCAGGUGAUUAUAUUCACAACAAUUUCACGCCGACUAUGUUUGAUAAAUUGAUCUAUGGGAAAGCUAAACCAAUAAGAAUUCAAGCUGCGCGCACACUGGUUGUUUUCAUGCGUUACAAUUUCCAACCGAAUCAAUCGAAAUGGAUUCGUGAGUCUUUGAUUAGACAAACAGCUCAAUCACGCAACUGUCACGCUCGGAUUUUGUAUUUUUACGUGUGUGAAGCUGUUCUCUCAGUAUUCAGCGAGAAGUUUUUCAAGGAAUGGUUUCUGGGUCCGUGUUUGGCUCUAGCCACAGACCAAAUUGUCAAUGUUCGGUGGAAGUUUAUGCAGUUCUCGUCCAGAUUAAAGUCGAUGGUAACGCUUGCGAACGAUUUAGGCACGAAGCAGAAAAUAUUGGAUAGUGUCAAUAAGCUUGAGUCGCGCGAGAAGAACAGAACUGUUCUAGAAAUAAUUCGGAGCAAGAAACGGGAAGCGGUGCCGAAGUAUGCACCGGAGGCACUCCGAGAGGAAGCACUUCGCGUAAGAGGCGAAGGGACAACGAAUAUAAUGAAAUAUGGAUAUGAUGUAACUAACAAACCGACAAAUACUGCUAAUUUGCCUAGGGUAACCACAGCGCCCGCACCUGAUAUGCGCUUUCUCGCACAACAUUUUUACAUUGACGCAGGAAUCAAAUUAGAAUCAAUUAUAGGAAACGAAAUUACUUCGAAACAUGACACACACGCAUCUUUAGAUCCAACAGACUUGAUUGCUAUUGAAACAUGCAACAUCACUGACGAUGCAAAAGCGAAUAAAGGAAUUUCAAAAUUGAUACCACCGACAUCGUAUUGUUCGUUUUUCGAUUCGCUUGCUUGUGGUGAUAUUCGAAGCAAACGAUUUUCUAGUAUUAUCUCUGCGACUUGCUUGGAAACACAGAAAGCAAAUCACAAAUCGAGUCAAAGGCGACACAGUUUAAAUCUGAAUAAUUAUUGUGACAGUAAAAUUCCGAUUGCAAAUCGUUUUAAAUCUUCGACUAUCACUCAAAAUGCAACCAAAGAGGAAAAAAUCGAAAAUGAUAUUAAUUCCAAUGCGCGUACCUCGGCUUAUUGUAAAGUAGGGGUUGAACCAAAAAUUAAACAUUUUUCACUGUUACCAUUAGAUGAAAGAAGACGGAGUGCGGCCAAGCCUGCGGGAAAAAAGCCUCCCAGCAGAAAAUCAACUUAAAAAUACUAUGUUAAAAUUACAGUCUGUUAAAUAUACGUAUUUGGAAAUAAAGGUGACCUGUACUUUUAGUA